UUCUUGGACGACAAAAGGCCAUUUUCUUUGGAUAUUGAAGGCUACAUAUCACGGAUUCGGCCUGAGGCUAUUCUCUAACGAUGAUUGAGUCCAUCAAGCACUGAUUUGGUCGGAUUUAUUCAGUGUCAAUUUUUGGCAGAUUCCAAAGGGGUACCAUCACAGAUUUCGGGCGAUUUAUCCGAAAUGCCAUUUUCUUUCGAUUCUGGAGGCUACAGAUCACGGAAUCAGGCCGAGGCUAUUCUCCACCGAUAAUGAAGUCUAUUGAUCCUAUUCUCAACGGAUGAUAAGUCCGUUAAGCAUCGAUUUGGGCAAAUUUAUUUUUGAAUGACAUUUUCGUAAUUUCUUGGACGACGAAAGGCCAUUUUCUUUGGAUAUUGAAGGCUACAGAUCACGGAUUCGGCCUGAGGUUAUUCUCCAACGAUGAUUGAGUCCAUUAAGCACCGAUUUGGGAUGAUUUAUUCUGGGUUAAUUUUUGGCAGAUUCCAAAGGGGUACCAUCACAGAUUUUAGGCGAUUUAUUCGAAAUGCCAUUUUCUUUCUAUUCUGUAGGCUACAGAUCACGAAAUCAGGCCGAGGCUAUUCUCCACCGAUAAUGAAGUCUAUUGAUCCUAUUCUCCACGGAUGAUAAGUCCGUUAAGCAUCGAUUUUGGCCAAUUUAUUUUCGAAUGGCAUUUUCGUAAUUUCUUGGCCGACGAAAGGCCAUUUUCUUUGGAUAUUGAAGGCUACAGAUCACGGAUUCGGCCUGAGGCUAUUCUCCAUCGAUGAUUGAGUCCAUUAAGCACCGAUUUGGGCGGAUUUAUUCCGGGUCAAUUUUUGGCAGAUUCCAAAGGGGUACCAUCACAGAUUUCGGGCGAUUUAUCCGAAAUGCCAUUUUCUUUCGAUCCUGGAGGCUAGAGAUCACAGAAUCAGGCCGAGGCUAUUCUCCAUCGAUAAUGAAGUCUAUUGAUCGUAUUCUCCAUGGAUGAUAAGUCCGUUAAGCAUCGAUUUGGGCCAAUUUAUUUUCGAAUGGCAUUUUCGUAAUUUCUUUGCCGACGAAAGGCCAAUUUCUUUGGAUAUUGAAGGCUAUAGAUCACGGAUUCGGCCUGAGGCUAUUCUCCAACGAUGAUUGAGUCCAUUAAGCACCGAUUUUGGCGGAUUUAUUCCGGGUCCAUUUUUGGCAGAUUCCAAAGGGGUACCAUCAUAGAUUUCGGGCGAUUUAUCCGAAAUGCCAUUUUCUUUCGAUUCUGGAAGCUACAGAUCGCGGAAUCCGGUCGAGGCUAUUAUCCACCGAUAAUGAAGUCUAUUGAUCCUAUUCUCCACGGAUGAUAAGUCCGUUAAGCAUCGAUUUGGGCCAAUUUAUUUUCGAAUGGCAUUUUCGUAAUUUCUUGGGCGACGAAAGACGAUUUUCUUUGGAUAUUGAAGGCUACAGAUCACGGAUUCGUAUUGAGGCUAUUCUCCAACGAUGAUUGAGUCCAUUAAGCACUGAUUUGGGCGGAUUUAUUCCCGGUCAAUUUUUGGCAGAUUCCAAAGGGGUACCAUCACAGAUUUCGGGCGAUUUAUCCGAAAUGACAUUUUCUUUUGAUUCUGGAGGCUACAGAUCACGAAAUCAGGCCGAGGCUAUUCUCCACUGAUAAUGAAGUCUAUUGAUCCUAUUCUCCACGGAUGAUAAGUCCGUUAAGCAUCGAUUUGGGCCAAUUUAUUUUCGAAUGGUAUUUUCGUAAUUUCUUGGGCGACGAAAGGCCAUUUUCUUUGGAUAUUGAAGGCUACAGAUCACGAAUUCGGCCUGAGGCUAUUCUCCUACGAUGAUUGAGUCGAUUAAGCACCGAUUUGGGCCGAUUUAUUCCGGGUCAAUUUUUGGCAUAUUCCAAAGGAGUACCAUCAAAGAUUUCGGGCGUUUUAUCCGAAAUGCCAUUUUCUUUCGAUUCUGGAAGCUACAGAUCACGAAAUCAGGCCGAGGCUAUUCUCCACCGAUAAUGAAGUCUAUUGAUCCUAUUCUCCACGGAUGAUAAGUCCGUUAAGCAUCGAUUUCGGCCAAUUUAUUUUCGAAUGACAUUUUCGUAAUUUCUUGUGCGACGAAAGGCCAUUUUCUUUGGAUAUUGAAGGCUACAGAUCACGGAUUCUGUCUGAGGCUAUUCACCAUCGAUGAGUUAGUCCAUUAAGCACCGAUUUGGGCGGAUUUAUUCCGGUUCAAUUUUUGGCAGAUUCAAAAGGGGUACCAUCACAUAUUUCGGGUGAUUUAUUCCAAAGGGGUACCAUCAUUUGUGAUCAAUAACCUUCAAAAUCCAAGAAAAAUAGGCAUUCGAAAAGGUCACUCCAAAUUUGUGAUGGUACCCUUUUGGAAUCUGCAAAAAAAAAUGGACCUGAAAAAAUCCACCCAAAUCGGUGCUUAAUUGACUUAAUCAACAGUUGAGAAUAGGUUCAGGUCGAAUCCGUGAUCUGUAGCUUUCAAAAUACAAUGAAAAUGGUAUUUCGAAAAAAUGGUUUGUGAUGGUACCCCUUUGAAAUUUGGCAAAAAUAAACUGGGAAAAAAUCCUCCUAAAUUGGGGUUUAAUUGACUUAAUCAUCGGUGGAUAAUAGCCUGAGGCCGAAUUCGUGAUCAGUAGUCUUCAAAAUUCAAGGAAAAUGAUCUUUCGAUAAAAUCGCCCGAAAUCGGUGAUGGUACCUCACUCUUUGGUCUAUAGGUUCGAUCCAUAACUAGUAUGAAAGCAAAGGAAACUCGAGGUUCAAAAUUUGACGCACUUCGUUGGAUUCAGUUCCAUCUAAAUGUUCGUUACAACAUAUCAUAAAUCAACUGGUUUUAAUAACUCGAGUAGUUGAGAGAGCUCCCUGCAUGUAUAGAUAUUGGGGGGUUGUGCGGUUAGGGACUACCGCUUGACUGUAAUGUUGAAGGUUGUGCGGUUAGGGACUAUACCUUGUACACAAGCCGACUAUACCAUGUAAUUGAAUAAACUAUUAAUAUUGGGGGGUGUGCGGUUAGGGACUACCGCUUGACCGUACUGUUGAAGGUUCGAUAGUUGAAAAAGACAAAAGACGGAUGUGCCUUCUGGCCUUCGUUGAUGGAAUAGAAGUAGUUGUGUUCUACUGCCCUAAGAUUGUUUUCAGUGACAUCACAAUGGCUUGAUGAGGAAUUACCCGAUACGAUGUUGGACUUGCCUAGCUGUAAGAGUCUGUUCAGGGGGGCUACUUAUCAAUCAAUGGAAAGAUCUCCUCGCGUGGCAUAAUAAGGAAUCCUAGAAAAGAUCGUUUCAGAUUCCUUCCCUUGCCCUCCGCAAUUCGAUCAACGGAAGGAAGAGCGAGGCUACUAGCAGUCUUUCUUAUCUUUUUUUCUGGUUGCUCGUAACUUGAUGAACACGAGACCUAAUAGUCAAACCAGACUCUGAUACUAUACAUAAACCAACUGAACCAAUAAUUUAAGUUGUUAGAGGAUGAUUAUGCAUAAAUCUUAUACUUACAUCCUCACACAUUAUAUUCCAUCUUACCCCAGAUGUUGAUACAACCCAAAUGUGAACUGAACCGAACCGUUACAAAGUCCUAACAUCAACUUAACAUUGAACACAUAAUUCAGGAGGCAGUAGCUAUAAAAGGAUCCCACUUAGCUCCUUAAAUAGUUAGAUUAAUUUAAUUACGAAUAUUUAAUUAUUUAAAUUAAUUUAAUUACGAAUAUUUAAUUAUUUAGAUAUGAUCAUUGAUCCACCUAAUGGGAAAGAGAGAGAUACGUUUGGUUCAACUCAAGAAAUCAAUUAACAAUUCUUAA